UUUUGUAUUCUCUCAUGUAUAGACAAAUACAUGUUUAUGUCCUGAGCUAAAUGUAAAGAUGCCAUGUUGUCAAGCCAUGUUGUCUCGUUAAAGCUUAUUUUAGGCCAGAUGAUUUGCAUAAUUGUGAGGCUGUUCUGUCACUGGCUGUCAAAUGCCAUAAAAGCUAGGCGGGUCUCCAUAAACCCAAGACAGACAGAAAACCGCAAUUGAGGAAUGUUGGUGAACGAAAAAAAGAUACAACGGAAAGAUCUUUUCCUUUUGGAUAAACUGUAAGCAUGCCAUACUAUGAGAGCGCGAUUAAGAAAUUGCUCCCUACGGUAAGAACAAACAUUAACUGAAAUAAUAUGUUCUCCCAAAAUCAAACAGAUUGUAGAAUCCAUGUAUAUUCUGCUCAGUGUUUGAUUAGUGUCUUAUCAUUUUGAAGACAUAUCGUUGCAAACAUGUGGCCCAUGAAAUAUAUGUUGCAUUGACUCACUUCCAAAGCCUUGUGCCCAUGAUGGAUCGAUAUGUUUACAAUGAUGGAACCAUAAAAAACUUGAUGAGUCUAACCGGAACCAUUCCUGUCCCAUUUAAAGGCAAGACCUACAACAUUCCUGUAUGCCUGUGGAUUGAGGAAAGCUACCCUCACACUGCUCCCAUCUGCUAUGUCAGACCCUCAUGUGAGAGGAUAGUCCUCAGUGGGAAGUAUAUCUCCAGCAAUUAUGAAAUCCUGCUGCCUUACCUGGAGGAGUGGAAGAAUGGCGAAUGUGACCUAUUGAGCCUCCUGCAGGUGAUGGUGGUUAUGUUCGGAGACUUCCCUCCUGUAUACAUGCAGCCUCAUUUAGAGUCAGAACAAGCCCCCUGUUGGCUUCAGGUCCACAGACGAGCAGAGGUGCGUUCAAAGACAGAUGGACGUUUGUAUCUGCAUUUGGCGAGUGAAGAUGAUCAACCUUUCCAGCAAGACAAUGAAACCAGCUGUUAGCUUUGUGGACUAAAGUGUGUGAUCCUGUGUAUAGUGCCAGAUGGUAUCCAGUGAUUCUUUUAGGGUUAAUUAAUCAAUUUCAGACAAAUAACAGCAUGAUGUAUUGAAAAAAAAAGAUUUAGACUGUAAAUGUAAAACAGCAGCUGAUGGAAACAUAUUGACUUUGUUUGGUAUAAAUGUAUUUGUUUCUUUGACUAUGUAUUUCAUAUGAACAUACUAAACUAAGAUUUGUUUUUUUCCAAGCAGCUCAUAAAGCGGUACCUUAUCUGCACCCAAAAGGCAUUUGUUGUGUUCUUAUCCACAAAUGUGUUGGACUUUUGACCGGUGAAGAGAAAAGUUAGUCAUUUAAAAAAUACACACAGACAGUUACAGCCCAUUGGAUCAUGAUACAUUUUAGUUUGUGGUUUAUUACUUUUAUGUUUACAUCGAAUACAUCUGACAACUCUUCAGUUAAAUUGAACAACAAAAAGAUUUUUAGGUCACUGUGUUUAAAAUUAGCUUUGACUUCUGUUGUCAAAUGUUUUAUUGCUCUAAACUGCAGCAAACUAUUCCCAAAGACAGGACCAGCAAACAACCUCUUGUACAAAGUGACAUAUUCAUUUUCGUGGUGUAAAUAAAGAAAUGGUGUGAAAACACUUGUAAUAGUA